AUGGCCAAGCGCAGCUCGCUGUCCAUCCGCAUCGUGGAGGGAAAGAACCUGCCCGCCAAGGACAUCACCGGUAGCAGCGACCCCUACUGCAUCGUGAAGGUGGACAAUGAGGCCAUCAUCAGGACAGCCACCGUGUGGAAGACCCUGUGCCCCUUCUGGGGUGAGGAGUAUCAGGUGCACUUGCCACCCACCUUCCACGCAGUGGCCUUCUACGUCAUGGACGAGGACGCCCUCAGCCGGGAUGACGUUAUUGGGAAGGUCUGCCUUACAAGGGACACCCUGGCCUCUCACCCUAAAGGUUUCAGCGGGUGGGCCCACCUGACGGAGGUUGACCCCGAUGAGGAGGUGCAGGGCGAGAUCCACCUGCGACUGGAGGUGGUGCCGGGGCCCCGGGCCCACCGGCUGCGCUGCUCCGUGCUGGAGGCCAGGGACCUAGCCCCAAAGGAUCGGAAUGGUGCAUCUGACCCCUUUGUCCGAGUGCGCUACAACGGCCAGACGCAGGAGACCUCGAUCGUGAAGAAAUCAUGCUACCCACGCUGGAACGAGACCUUUGAGUUUGAGCUGGAGGAGAGGGCUGCGGAGGCGCUGUGUGUGGAGGCCUGGGACUGGGACCUCGUCAGCCGGAACGACUUCCUGGGCAAAGUGGUGUUCAAUGUCCAGAGACUCUGGGUGGCCCAGCAGGAGGAGGGCUGGUUCCGGCUGCAGCCCGACCAGUCCAAGAGCCGGCGGGACAAGGGCAACCUGGGCUCCUUGCAGCUGGAGGUGCGGCUGCGGGAUGAGACGGUGCUGCCCUCUGGCUGCUACCAGCCCCUGGUGCAGCUGCUGUGCCAUGAGGUGAAGCUAGGCACACAGGGCUCAGGGCAGCUGAUCCCACUCAUCGAGGAGACGACCAGCACUGAGUGCCGCCAGGAUGUGGCCACUAACCUGCUCAAGCUCUUCCUGGGGCAGGGGCUGGCCAAGGACUUUCUGGACCUGCUGUUCCAGCUGGAGCUGCAGCGCACCAGUGAAGCCAACACCUUGUUCCGGAGCAAUUCUCUGGCCUCAAAGUCCAUGGAGUCUUUUCUGAAGGUGGCUGGGAUGCGGUACCUGCACGGCAUCGUGGGCCCCAUCAUCGACAAGGUGUUUGAGGAGAAGAAGUACGUGGAGCUGGACCCCAGCAAAGUGGAAGUUAAGGAUGUAGGGUGCUCCGGGCUGCACCGCCCGCAGACAGAAGCCGACGUGCUGGAGCAGAGCGCGCAGACGCUGCGUGCCCACCUGGGGGCGCUGCUGAGCGCACUCAGUCGCUCGGUGCGCGCCUGUCCCGCCGUAGUGCGCGCCACCUUCCGCCAGCUCUUCCGGCGCGUGCGCGAGCGCUUCCCGGGCGCCCAGCACGAGAACGUGCCAUUCAUCGCCGUCACCAGCUUCCUGUGCCUGCGCUUCUUCUCUCCCGCCAUCAUGUCUCCCAAGCUCUUCCACCUGCGGGAGCGCCACGCGGAUGCCCGCACCAGCCGCACCCUGCUCCUGCUGGCCAAGGCGGUCCAGAACGUGGGCAACAUGGACACGCCGGCUUCCAGAGCCAAGGAGGCUUGGAUGGAGCCGCUGCAGCCCACCGUGCGCCAAGGCGUGGCGCAGCUGAAGGACUUCAUCACCAAGCUCGUGGACAUCGAGGAGAAGGAGGAGCUGGACCUGCAGCGGACACUGAGCUUGCAGGCGCCACCCGUGAAGGAGGGGCCGCUCUUCAUCCACAGGACCAAGGGCAAGGGCCCCCUCUCGUCGUCCUCCUUCAAGAAGCUCCACUUCUCCCUCACCACCGAGGCCCUCAGCUUCGCCAAGACACCCAGCUCCAAGAAAAGUGCCUUCAUCAGGCUGGCGAACAUCCGGGCAGCAGAAAAGGUGGAAGAGAAGAGCUUUGGCAGCUCGCACGUCAUGCAGGUCAUCUACACUGACGAUGCAGGCAGGGCCCAGACGGCCUACCUGCAGUGCAAGUGUGUGAACGAGCUGAACCAGUGGCUGUCUGCACUGCGGAAAGUGAGCAUCAACAACUCUGGCCUGCUGGGCUCCUACCACCCCGGCAUCUUCCGUGGGGACAAGUGGAGUUGCUGCCACCAGAAAGACAAGACAGAUCGGGGCUGUGAUAAGACCCGGUCUCGGGUGACCCUGCAGGAGUGGAACGAUCCUCUUGACCAUGACCUUGAGGCCCAGCUCAUCUACCGGCACCUGCUGGGCGUGGAGCCCGCCCUGCGGGAGAAACUCCGGGAGCCGAGCAGGGGCACAGAGGCGGGUGCCGUGCCCAUGGGCCCUGGCCAAGGCCCCAAGGACCCGCUGGCCCAGCUGCUCCAGGUGCUGCAGGACCUCCGGGAGGCCCACAGCUCCAGCCCGGCCAGCCCCCCGCCCUCGAGGCCCACCCGCCUCCUGGAGCUGCAGACGUGAGGCCCACCCUGCACUCCCAUGCCGAGCCCCCUGCCAGGCGUUUGGAGGCCCCCCGGAGCCCUCUGGACCCUCCCCCCAGGCCCCUCGCUGGGCAGGGCGAGUAGGGGG